AUGGAAAAGGAAGGACUACCCCAAUACUCCGAGGUCGUCAGACCGUGGGCAGACCGCCGUCGUAAACGCCGCAUCUUUCGACUGGUUGCAGCUACCUGUCUUUCCUACUUUGCAUACUCCGCAUACAAGAUCUCGGGAAACACUGAGAAGCCAGCCAGUCUGCUCUCUGCUUCUCGCUUGCAAGAGGACUUUGCCACAUGUGCUGCCCUACAAAAGGUUCCGGAAGCUCUUUCUGGCGGACGUGAAUACAACAAGCGUUACGUGAAUGGCACCAAACCCGUGCUGAUCCGUAAUGCUACUGUCUGGACUGGCGAGCCCAUAUCUGGAACAAGCGUGGAAGACGCUCGUCAAGGAAAAGGCUUUGCGUGGAUUCAGUCGGAUGUUUUUAUCGAGCACGGCCUUAUCAAGAGAGUUGCACCAUCUAUCUCGCUUGCGGACCUGCCAUCAGAUCAUGAAACUUUCAAUGCCAACGGACGUCAACUCACAGCCGGCAUUGUUGACAUGCACAGUCACGCCGGUCUCGGUAGUCUUGGAGGUCUUCAAGGCGACGAGAAUGAGCUCUCGAGCGACAUAACUCCCUAUGUCAAGUCUUUGGACUCCUUGGACCCACUGCAUCCAGAGAUCCAAUGGAUCAAGUCUGGUGGCGUCACGACAUCACUACUUCUUCCUGGCUCUGGAAACAACAUAGGUGGAGAAGCAUUCCUUGUCAAGCUUGCCGUUGGCAAGGAAGGCGGCCGUGCUGAACUCAGUCAGCAAGACAUGUUGGCCGAUCCUGACCACACUUGGAGAUACAUGAAGAAUGCCUGUGGUGAGAAUCCCAAGAGAGUCUACGGCAAGCUGGGCGAGAGAGGUCCUUUCAGCCGCAUGGGCGAAGGCUGGGAGUUCAGACACGCAUUUGAGCAAGCAAGAGAUUAUGUCAGAUCCCAGGACGACUGGUGCGCUGCUGCCAAAUCAGUUGGUGCUGAGAACAUGAACAGCUACCUUCCUCAGAAACUUGAAUGGGAAAAUCUGGGAGCCGUUCUCCGAGGUCAGAUACGAGUCAACACUCACUGCUACACCAUUCCCGAUCUUGAGAUGUAUGUUCGUCUCACCAACGAGUUCAAAUUCAGAGUCUACGCCUUCCACCACGCUCAUCAAACUUAUCUUGUCCCUGAUGUUCUGAAGAGAGCUUACGGCGGCACACCUGCAGCUGCACUCUUCGGAGACAACAUGUACUACAAGGUCGAGAGCUACAGAGCAUCCGAACAGUCUGGCAAGAUCCUCUACGAGAACGGCAUCACCCCAGUCUAUGUGAGUGACAACCCGGUCAUCAAUUCUCAGCAUGUAAAGCAUGAAGCUGCCAAAGCCUAUGGCUAUGGUCUGCCUUAUCACGCCGCACUAGCUGGAUUGACCUCUGCUCCCGCUGAGCUUUUAGGUAUGGGAGAAAGACUCGGAAAGGUCAAGGCCGGCUUCGAUGCUGAUGUUGUUGUUUGGGAUUCUGAUCCGUUGUCUCUCGGUGCUGCACCGGUUCAAGUCUGGAUUGACGGUGCUCCUCAAUUCAAAGACCCUGUAGAGCUCAAGAAACCUUUGACUCCUCCAAUCAAGCCUGAUCUCGCACUUGCAAAGGACCAUGAUGAGGCUGAAUCGAGCGAGGAUGUCGUGUUCACUGGUGUCACUAACGUCCAUAUUCCUGGGUUGACUUCUUCAUCCGAAGUCAAGAGCCCUGCCACUGUGGUCGUCUCUCGAGGAAAGAUCAUCUGCGCCGGCUCUUGUGAUGCAGAGGCUCACACUGCGACCAAGAAGAACGCUCGCACUGUGGCACUGCACAACGGACACCUUACUCGCCCACUCACUGCAUUUGGUUCUGGUUUGGGUCUGCAGGAAAUCAUGCAGCAGCCACAAACUUAUGAUGGUCGCGUCAACGAAAAGGUUUGGGCAAGAGCAGUUGAUGGUCUUCUUCUCGAUGGUAAAAAUCUCUUUGCGGCUUACCGUCAUGGUGUUACCAAGGCCAUCUCGGCACCGAUCGCCAAAGGUGGUUCCGGUAUAUCCCUUCGUGGUAUCUCCACUGGGUUCCUGACUGGCGCAAGAACACCUCUCAGCAAGGGUGCCGUCUUCGCUGAAGAAGCAGCAGCACACUACGACUUCACUCUGGGUGCAAAGAGUGAUGCAAGCCCAUCGAUCUCAAGUUUAGUAGAUGACUUGCGUCACUUGUUUCUUGAGGCAGUUCGCAACAACGAGACCAUCACUGAUCCCUUUUCAGAGGCUGCAUCUCUGAAGAAGAUUGUAGAAGGCAAAUUUCCUCUUGUGCUGAGUGUGCACAGCGCAGAUGCCAUCUCUGCUCUUCUCAGACUGAAGUCGACUGUAGAGUCUGCCAGCAAGACCUCUCUGCGUCUCGUCAUCCUUGGAGCUGCAGAGUCUCACCUCGUAGCAAAGGAACUCGCAGCCGCAGACGUCGCAGUCGUCAUAGCCCCUCUGCUAUCUUGGGCACAAUCUUGGGACCAACGCCGCUCUCUCAUGGGCGCGCCUCUCCACAACGGCACCGCCAUCGAUGUGCUUCUAGACGCUGGUGUUCGUGUCGCCAUUGGAGUCGAUGAGAUUUGGGAGACCCGCGACCUGGGCCUUACAGCUGGUAUCGCGCUCAAGAAUAGCGAGGGUAGGUUGACUGAGCAGCAAGCCUUGGACCUUGUCAGCACAAACUUCUACGAAUUUUUGGGAUUGGAGAUGCCGGACGCUGGCAGCGAGUUUGUUGUUUACGAAGGCUCGCCGCUUGAGACGGGUGGUAGAGUCGUUGCUAUCGCCGACGGCUCGGGCAAGACCGAGAUUUGGGUUUGA